AUGCUACUUGACUCAAUGGUGGCCCAAGAUCCGGCCACGAGCCCCAAGAUGGACAGCAUCAGCGAGAUCCCUGGUGACGUGACGGCGGCCUCCAAAGCCAACACAAAGAAGGAUACCAAUGGUGCGAACACCGGUGUCGGGUCUGUCCCUCCGCCGAAAACGGACAAGCCACGUCCACACGGUUGUACCACUUGCGGUCGCUCUUUCGCGCGAUUGGAGCACCUUAAGCGCCAUGAGCGGUCGCACACCAAAGAAAAGCCCUUUGAGUGCCCGGAAUGCGCACGUUGCUUCGCUCGACGGGACUUGCUUUUGAGACAUCAGCAGAAGUUGCAUAUGACAACCACACCAUCGUCCCGCCCGAGAAAUGCGCGCAGGGAGAGUACAGGCACAGCGGGCACGGGCACAACCAACAGAGUACGGAAAAAUUCAAUCGUGAGUAAUCCUAGCACGAUGCGGCCUCGUGCCAAUACCAUUAGUCAUAUCGACGGAGCCUCGUUGAAUUUGGUCGGUCCUACCAACCCUCCGACCGCUGCUCCCGGUCACCCGGCCCAUGCUUAUCACCCGAGCAUUGGUUCUGCAUCAAUGGGCUCAAACAUGGAUUUCCGUGGGUUCUCGGCAGGGCACCAUGCUCCGGUGAAUGGCCUCACCAAGCUGGACACGUCGGGCUUACCAAUCGACCUGUCCGGUGGCCUGCGGACGGCUCCUGUUUACGGAACCUUCGACCUGAGUGUCCCAGAUUUAACCAUGGGCUAUAAUACCACGAUCAACCCCGCCCAGCUGCAUCAAGCAUACGGGAACGACUCUCCCUCAUCACCAUACACUCAUGCGGUUCAUCACAUGCCUCCCACCGACCCCAUGAUGGAGGAUGAUUACCACCCUUUCGAGUGGAUGAAUGGCUAUGACCCAUCGUUGCAGAUGCGAAAGAGCAAUGAUUCCGCCAUGGACGAGUCAUCUCCGUCAGCCAUGAGUACUGGGAGUCAGAGUGGUAUCAGCGAAGCCAUGCUGGAUGGUUCGAACCGGUACUCUAUCUCGUCUGCGAGCUGGCACAAUCCCUUCCCGCCGCACACCGGCGCAACUUCCGCGAACCAAUACCCCCUUGAAUUCUCUGCUAGCUUUAACGAUAUAGGAAUCCAACCAGAGACUGUCUCCCCCAAGUCGUUGCUGGCGCAGAACCCGUUUGCAGAGACGUAUGCCACCCCUCCGUCCAUGACUUCAGUGGGCCAACCCCUCAUGGGAGGACACUCGCAGAGUAUGUUCCCAUCCUCUAUGGCAACCAACGGAGAAACUCCUAAUCCUCUCAACUUGCCUUUCGCGAAUAGUGCCCUACGAACUCACCAUGCCGCAACCUCGGAUACCUUUACAGACUCCACCCGACAGGCUUUAUUAGCCAGCAUGGCCCAUCCAACCGGUCUGAUUCAUCGUAAAUACUCUCAGCCUGCCAGCAGCAUGGUACCAUACCGUGAUCUCUUCUCUCGCCCUUCUAGCCUCAGCAGCUCCGGUCACCUUCCCAGCACUUUGGACAUGCAACGAUAUAUUUCCGCCUACAUCACCUACUUCCAUCCGCAUAUGCCCUUUCUUCACAUUCCGACGCUUGAUUUCCGGGCUCCUGAGUACACCAACAACCUUCGAACCCCCAGUGGCCAUUUGAACCUAUGCUCAACCGGGGUUGCUGGCGGGGGCGGCUCUCUGAUUCUGUCCAUGGCUGCUAUCGGCGCAUUGUACGAAUUCGACACCGCCGCCUCCAAAGAUCUCUUUGAGGCUGCCAAGAAGAUGAUUCAACUCUAUCUUGAAGAACGUCGUAAGGUGGACAUGUCGGCGGCAUUCGGGCGGGCCAGCCACGCGCGGGACAGCUCUGUACAGAACACUCCGCUAUGGUUGGUUCAAGCGAUGUUGCUCAAUGUCAUCUAUGGCCAUAUGUGCGGUGACAAGACGUCGGCCGAUAUUGCUAGCACGCACUGUGCCGCACUCGUCAGCCUUGCGCGAGCGGCUGAGCUUACCCACCAUGUGGAUGCUAAAAACCUUCCGCAAGACCAUCAAUUUUCAAAUGUUGGCCAAUCGCAUAACGUUGGAGGAGCCGAAGCUCAAAAUAAACCAGUUUCCGGCCAGCCAAACGAGAGAAAGGAGUGGUUAGACUGGAAAAUUGUGGAAGAACGCAAGCGUACUCUGUAUGCGAUAUUCUGCCUGUCCUGCUUCCUAGUGUCGGCGUAUAACCACGCACCUGCUCUCACGAAUUCUGAAAUCCGUCUCGAUCUUCCUUGCGAGGAGGAUUUGUGGGCUGCAGAAUCUCCUCGGGCGUGGAAGAAAUUGGGCGGCUACUCGUCGAGUCGGAGCAGCAGUCCUUUCCCUACUGCAUUGACAACUCUGCUGACCGCCAGCCAACGGGAGAGACAAUCGACCCCAUCCAAUCAAGCACAAUCACCCGACAAGGAGGUCACGUCGGAUUCCGCCGUAUCAACUUUGAGGCCUAGUACUUUUGGCUGCUUGAUUCUCAUCUACGCCCUUCACAGUUACAUCUGGGAGACUCGCCAACGGCAUCUUGGCCGACAAUGGACGGCCGGCGAGACUGAGGCCAUGCAGGCGCACAUUGAGCCUGCCUUGCGUGCUUGGCAGACUGCUUGGGUCAGCAACCCUGUCCACAGCCUGGAACGUCCUAACCCGUUCGGUGCGGGGCCUCUGUCAGCUGACAGUAUCCCGCUAUUGGACCUUGCCUAUGUAAGGCUGUUUGUCAACCUUGGUCGAUGCAAGGAGGCAUUUUGGCAACGCGACUGGAAUGCUAUGUCUGAUGAGCUUGCGCGCGGGAUCGAACUAGUCCAUCCUUUGGACGAUAUCCCCUCAGAGGUGCUGGACCCUUCGAUCACCGAGGCCUCGGCCCAAGUAGAUUACCGUCGUGACUCAAUCGCAGAUUUGGGCGUCGCGGAGCUCGUCAUUUCAGGCACCCCGACGCAGGAGCAGCCCUUGCCUUCCAUGAUGGGGGUGCAUCGGCCAAGCCAGUCGAAACGCGAAAGACAUUUGCGCAGAGCUGCGUUCUAUGCGGCCGACUCAAUCAGCAUAUCUGACCAACUAGGAAAUACCUUUGCAGAGUUCACUUGUCGGGAAUUGCCCAUUCAAUGUGCGAUGUGCACUUUUGAUUGCGCCCAGGUCAUUGCGGAGUGGAUCACGACUGUCCAAGAACGUGUUGGCCCGUACCUCGGCGUCCUUGGUCGCGACGAGAUCGAUCUGGCUCAUGCCAGAAACGUUAUGUUGUUGGAAGAGGAGGACUGCAAGCUCAUUGGCAAAAUCCAGGAGAUACUGGACAACAUCGAAAACAAGAUGCAGACGGAGGUGGAUAGCAGCGUCACCAUGUCAGCUCUCAGCGUUCUGCAACGCCUUCCCAGUGUUGUAGAGGGUGGAUACGGCUGCAAGAUUCUGGUUGCCACAGCCAGCCUUCUGGACCGAGCUGCUGUUUGGCCAAUGAUCAAGAUAAUGGCUCGAUCUCUCGAAGCACAAGCCCUGCGAUUGAAGGAACGAGCAGACAACUCUACUCUUGGUGGUCACUAA